AUGAAAUUAAUUCUCCUACAAAUCUUGUCUCUUUGCACUGCUGCACUUGCUGCUCUCGCCCAGACCAACCCUACACAGCAAGAAUUGCUCGUCAGCGAGGACAUUAUGGCCCAACAAGACAAUAGAGUCCCUGGCCACAACGAUGCCAUCUACGACACCGUGCCUAAGGAUGACCAGAUAUUCAAGAUCUUGUUCCUAGAGAUUGCCCCGACGCCCAUUAUCGCCGACCGUGUCUUCUUCGUCUACCUACGCGGUUAUCUACCUGAAUCUAAAAAGAAGGAGCUGGCACUUCCCGACGAGGGCCUCAUCAAUGCGACCCUCAAAGUGAGCGCCUCUGCUUCUACCCGGAUGGUAGUCACGACAACGAAGACUCCACUACAGGGCCAUUGA